AUGCCUUUUACACUCAACACAUCCGCAUCAUUUGCACUCAGCACCUCAACCUCCUCAGGCGAUAACUGGGGACGCGCCUAUCAAACACGCACCACGAUAAAUAAAGACGGCACUACGCACACCAAGCGAACGCAGCGGCUUGGAGAACCGAUUGUUGAAGAGACGAAACGGUGGGAUGGGAAGGGGAGGAGGGUUUUGGAGGAUGGGAGUGUGUAUGAGAAGAAUGGGAAGGGGAAGGGUUGGGUGCAGGUGCGGGCUCCUGCUGUAAAGGAUGUUCAAGGUGCAGAGGGUGAGGGAGGGAGUACGAGGAGGAGAAAAGGAACGAUUUUGGGGAUGACGUGUGAGCCGAGUAAGAAUGUGGUGGGGGAUGGGAAUGGGUUGGGAAGUAAUUUUGGGAAGGGAGGGGUGGGGAAAGGGACGGAAAAUUGGUUGGAUGGGAUUAUGGGGAAGGUCGCGAAUGAUGUGUUGGAGAAUAGAGGGAAGGGGAGGAUUUUGCAGGUGGUGGAGAGCGAGGAGGAGGAUAGUGAGGGAGAAUAUACUGAUAGUGAGGAGUAUACUAGUGGAGAGUACACGAGUGAUGAAGAGGAAGAGGAAGAAGAGAAACCGAUAGCGAAGAAGAGCGCUACGACUACGCAACCAAAAGGCAAGGCUGGGACGCAGAAGCAACAAAAGCCGAAGAGAGAGAUGGAAAGAAAGCAGAAACCUACGAAGGCGAAGGUGGUACAGGAGUCUAGUAGCGAGGAAGAUGACGAAGAUGACGAUGGGUAUGAAAUUGAAGAGGUGUUUUCAUCAGAUGUGGGGGCCUCGGAGAAAUCUGAGGAAGAGGAGGAUGAUGAAGAUGAGGAGGACGAUGAACAGGAACAGGAGAAAUUACAGCCAAAAACGUCCCUGGAGCAGAAGCCGGUGGAGAAAAAACAUGCAGAGAAACAGAAUAAGGUGCCGAAAGGAAAGAAUUCCAAAAGGAGCGUCGCGAUUCCAUAA